AUGGCAGUGGUUCUAAGGAUCUGCGCGAGCAGCUUCGAUGUGGCCAUUCUUGACACGCAACGCUCGCAGUCGGAAAUGGACAACCUGAAGGGAUUCUCCAAGGAGUCUUUGGAGUUGCAGAUUAAAGAAAUGAAGACGUGGUUGAGCACCGCAUUUACAAACGAGGAAAAGUGUGCAAACCUGUUGGGCAACCUACCUAAUGGCCCUCUGACGUUGGAUGCAUAUAAUCUGGCGGUGACAGGAAAGAAAUUCACAAGCAUUGCACUUGGCUUGAUGAAUAAGUGGUCCACAGAAGUUGCACCUUUGGUGGCAGAUUCUGACCGCCCAUAA